GAAGGGGGGUUUCACGGGAGGGCUGAUCAUCAAAACCCUCCUCAAAGUCAAGCCUGCGUCGCGCCCCCGUGGAGCCACGAAAUCAUCCGCAUCUGCGGUGGUCCCAUAUCAGGUCAUUUCUGCCAACCAAUGGCCGCAUUGGCGGAACCCCGGGGCAGCGAACCAUUUUUGGGAAGUUGA